CUACGGCCGCCAUGUCAGCGAGCGGGGCUGGAAACAGACCCGGCGUCCAGCCGUAGCCCUGCGUUCGCCUCCGACACUCAGACAUGGAAGGACUUGACUGAAAUGUAAAUGGUCCCACAGAAGAUGCUCUGAUGGAUGACAGCGGAACGCCUACAGAUAAUCUGCAGAUAGAGUCACAAGAUGGGUAUCAUCCUGGUGACGGCAGGGGAAGCAUAGUGACACGCUUGCCUUCUGCAUCGGAUGAAAAUGAAAAUCAACUGGAUGGGGACGGGCAGGAGCGUCUGAGCAGUGCUGCCAGCGCCAUGGGCAGACCUGACGUGCUCGCCCAGGACAGUCUCAACAAUAACGACAACUGCCCCCCCAGCAAUGAGGUGGCUGCGUUCGAGAGCUCGGAGAACGCUCCUGGGGAAAGCCCCAGGGAUGGGCAGGCCCUCGUGGGAAAGGACAAAAAAGCACCUGGAAAAAGAAGCCCAAGAACCAAAAGAGGCCCAAUGAAGAAGAUACCGCAAGGACUUUCUUCAGGAGAUGCCACAGCUUUGAUGCAAGAAAAUACACUCAUUGCGUCCACACCCGCUGUGAGUGAUGAAGAGUCUGCAGAAGUAAGCGCUAACGAUCAACCCGAGGCCCCGAAGCAAGUUCUGCAGUAUCUGUUCUCACUUAUACGAGGGGAGGUUGAGCAGUUGGAUUCCAGGGCACUCCCCCUCUGCCUGCACCAGAUAGCAGAGUCCUAUUUCCGGGAGGAGGACUAUGAGAAAGCAAUGAAAUUCAUUCAGCUUGAACGACUGUAUCACGAGAAAUUGCUCGCAAAUCUCUCUGCCAUUCAAGAAGAGUGGGAAACAAAAUGGAAAACUGUACAACCACAUACAACUCUAAGGAAUUCAGAAAAAGGAUUUAAUGGUGAAGAUUUUGAACAACUUACUAAGUUUUGCACAACACACCAAGAUCCUCUUUUCUCCAAACCUAAGAUAACAGCUAUAGAAAAGCCUCUGGGAAGGAAAUGCUUUACGCAGUUAAUAGUUUCUGAGGACCCAAAGGACAGAGGAGCCACAGCCAAAGAACCGGAGAAUGAAAGUUGUCUUGGCCCAGAGCCAAGGGAAGAAAGACAGCAUCCAGAGGGAACCCAGGAGAGCAACCCCUGCUGUCACCCGAUGGACAGGCAGGCCGAGCCCCCGAGCCUGCUGGUAACUGCAGGGAUGGGCCACACGGAGGAGCCGGUCUGCAGCGCCGAGGCCACGCGGGAGCUCCACGCCCAGCCCCGGGACUCGGCGGGGAGCCGGUCUGGGGACGCCUGGGAGGAUGACAGCCGCCGGCAGCUGCCUCAGACACAGGCGGGCCGAGAUGUGGCCUCACUAGGAGGCCCCGCCGCAGCCCCCACCUCGUCGCUCCCAGGCGAGUCCAUGCUCGAGCCCUUGAUCUCAGCCGGCUCUGCCCUCUUAGCCCCUGUGCCCGCCCCCGAGGGACAGUAUUCCCAGGCUCAGAGAAAGGGACUCCGCUUGCCGCUGAAGGAUGCUUCGGAGGCGUUGCCUCCGGGCCGACUUGAGAACAGUGAAUUCAAUGAGCUGCAGCAACUUGAUCUCACAGACAGGGAUGGAAAAUCACUGCGGGGGCCUCGGGACGCAGAGCGCGCUGAGAGAGCGCUGGGAGAGAGUAAUCAAGAAUCCGACUUAAGUGCAGGGGGUCUGGAGGUGUGUAUGGCCCCCGAGGAGAGGGGGGGUGAGGACGAGCGAGUCAAUAAAGAGACAGAAGACUAUUUGAACAGCCUGUUAGAAGGAUGCUUAAAAGAUGCUGAAGACUCCCUGUCAUGUGAAGACAACCAGGAGGAAGACUUGGACCUCCUUCCAGAUCUUUCUCCUGACGAAGCCUCCUACAGUCUGCAGGAGGAUCUGCCUUCGGACGAGAGCAGUCUUUCCCUUGAUGAUCUCGCCAAAAGGAUAGAGAUUGCAGAGGUAGUCCCUGCGGAAGGACUGGUCUCUAUCUUAAAGAAGAGGAAUGAGGGUGUAGGAGACCAUCCUGCCCAGAUGCAGCAGAAACCAUCAAAACGAAGAGUGAGGUUCCAGGAGAUCGAUGAUGACUUGGAUCAAGAUGAAGUUGGAGGUGGUUCCUGUAUUUUACUGGUCCUGCUGUGCAUAGCAACGGUUUUCCUGAGUGUCGGAGGAACUGCGUUGUACUGCACUUUUGGUGACAUGGAGUCGCCCGUUUGUACAGAGUUUGCGGACAACGUGGACUUCUAUUACACUAAGCUACUGCAGGGAAUGGCGGAACUGAAACACUGGAUCUACCUCUCCUAGCGGCGCUCAAGAGGCACAGGCAUGCUGGCAGUGAGAAUCAAAGAGAGAAACUUUCUAAACUUUAUUUUCAGAGUUCUGUAACAUGCAUCCCCUCCCCGCAGCAAGGAGCCCUGGACUUCCAGAAAUGGCAGCUCUAAAUGGUGAUCCAGAGGCACUCUCAGAACAACCCUGAGGCACAGGGCCAUCCGAGCAUCGUGGAUGGAAGGAAUGGGCUUCGGAGAGCACGUCCACCCGCUCCGUGCUGCUUCCUAGUGUAGCGAGCUACGCCCAGCAGAACUUCAAGGGCGCUGGUAGAGCCCCACCAUUUUUAGCUGCCUCGUCAAGCUAAUGGUUAAAGGACACUUGGUUUACAUUUGUUGGUCCAAAGACAUCGCUUCCAGCCAUCACGCAAUAAGUUUGUGUAUAAUCAAAAGGAGUUACCUUACGGUUUCAUUGUCUUUUUUUAGUUAGCUUUGGGAGCUGUGUAAUUUAGGCUUUGUGCAUUAUUUCCAGAUUCCAUUCUUCAUCUGUGAGAAGAUCGUGUGUGAGUGUGUGCGCGCGCUUGCACAUGCGUGCAUGUCUGUUUCAGACGGUUGUCAUAAGCAAAUACCUGACAUAGAAUAACAAAGAUGAUCUUCAUUUGAACCUGACUACAGAUGUGUGGGCACAGAUGGAAGGCUUAACUGUGGAACAGAUGAGUUGUAGAAAUCUCAGCCCAAAAUCAGACACUGUGAUAGAUCUGGGACAAUUAAUUUGAUUAGCUAGCCAGAAAUUAAUCACAGGCCUAGAGGUAAAGAGGAAAAACUAAAGAGCUCCUUCUAAGUCUCAGACACCCGGCUUCAUCAUGGGUUUAGUGCUUCCUGAGGAAUGAGGAAUGCUAGACCCACUUCUCAGUAGGUGAGCACCUGUUAUUAGGUUCUGAGAAUCUAAGACCCAGAAUACAAAGAUCCAGAAGAUUUUAGUUCCUGCUCUAGAUGUUUUAAUUCUGGUCUUAUGUAAAAUAACCUCCUACUUUGGCAAAUGAAAUUAAAUCAUGAUAUAUAAUUCAGUAUUAACAAAUCACACAUUCAGAUGUUCGAAUUUGCAUUCAUAUCAUGGGCUUGAUUUAGACCUCUUACGGGAUCAUUAAGCGAAAAUUCAAUCAUAUCUUAAAUAGGUAAGUGAUUUUUGUUUCAAUCUGUCAGUUCGGUGGCAUUUCCUUUUCUAAGGUACAGUGGUCUAACAUUUAGAAAGCCUCACUUUGGCUUUUUAUAGCAUAGGCAGCCUUUUAACAGAAACAGAACACAUGAAUUCUAGUUUUUUAGCAAGUGACCAUUAUUUCAUGUUUUUUGCUAGGAUCACUUGAAAGAAAAAGGGAGAAAUUACUUUCUAGUUGUUACUGGCUGGUACAGUACCUCCCUGUGUGUUUCUCUUAUUUAUUUAGAUUAUAUGAAUUUUAAAGGGCUUUUUAUAUAAGUUGGAAGUCUGUUGUUGAGCAUGCGUUCAGUUAUCCCGAUGCUAUGGAUUUAAUUGCUAUGUACUUAGUGUUUUGAUUUUCUACAAUUUCAGUUCAGUGUAUUUUUAGGCUUGUUCAUUUUUAAGUCGGUGUUUUAUUUUCACUUAUAAUACCAUUUGACUUGUCUCUAUCAUGUACCAUAAACUGUAAUAUUUUCAAGGAUUAUAGAUCAAAGAUAUUUAUUUAGAAGUGUACAAGAGACUAAAAUUUAGAUUCCUUAUACUUAAGGCUGAUUUUAUUAGAGGAUUAUUUUAAUGUUCUAUUAUAAAUUUUAAGAAUUUGUAUUCAGAUGGUAUGUAAACUAUGUAAAAUGUUGAUGGUACUAUCUCACGUGGUUCUAGAAAAGACAUUCACCCAAGUCUGCCGUGCGGGGCAUCCCCAUCAGAGACAAACCUCUUCUGUUUAACCCUCGUGAUUUCUAGUUACAGGAAUUUGGUGGUGGGGAUUUCUGCCAGUUUUAUGUCAAGAUAAAUCAGAAUUUCCCUCCUGUUCACCUCUUUUAGGUCACUAUCAAAGUCCUAAAUAAUCCGUAGCAUCACAUUUGCCUAAAGGCCACCAGGGCCACCCGUUUCUGAAGCCGAAGACCUCACACUGAGGCACAAGGACUGAGACAGACUACCUGGUUCUCAGGGGCCCAGUUGGGUGUCAGACAAACCAUGUGUGUCCUCACGCUUCCCAGGGAGUGUGAGGUGAGCUCAGGAGUGUCUUGGUAUCUUGACUUAAAAUGAGCACAAAAUCUCAACUAGAAAAACUUAGGGCAACUUUUAAAAAAAUGUAAUAGUCAUUUAUUGCAUGAAUUGGAGUAAUUCCAUCUGGUGAUUUAAAAAAAAAAAGAAGAAAUUGUUAUCUCACGCAUAAAAAAAUCAUCCGGUUUUACUACAAUGUAAUUUUUUCUGCCAUUUGAAAGUACUGACAACUAUUUGUAACUAAUCUUCCCCAAAAAACUGUAUUUGAGGGUAACAGAUCAAGCUUGUAAUUUAAAAUGACACCAACA